AUCAUAUAUGAGGCCUGCUGAUAUGUGUGAAGGGCUGAACUCAUCACACCAAUGUGGUUUCCUUAAAAUACGUCAUGCUUCACUUCAACAUUGUUUCUGGUUUAGUUUGUCGUCCUCAGUAAUGCACAGAUGUGGAGCUUCCAGAUUGUGUUGUUCAUCUUGUCUGCUGCUGUGUGUUGUGUGAGCCGUGCUGCUGGUUUGAUUCAUGUGUUUGGAUACGAAGGAGGAAAUGUGAAUGUUUCUUGUCCAUAUGACGAGGGUUAUGAAAGUUAUGAGAAGUAUCUGUGUAACGACCCCUGUGGAAAUAACGAUGUUUUCACAAGAUCCCAAAAACAUAAGAACAAAUACUUCACCUAUGAUGACAAAACAUCAAGAAUCUUCACUGUGACCAUCUCUGGUCUAUAUUUGGAUGAUGCUCAAACAUACUGGUGUGGAGUGAGCAGAAGAGGAAAAGAUCUCUACACUGAAGUAAAGCUGGAAGUAAGAAAAGACAGAUGCUGCGACAAAGUGAAUAAAACCCAAAGUAUUGAGGAAGGUUCAGUGACCAUCAGCUGUCCGUACGACUCUCAGUCUGUCAACAAGCUGAAGUUCCUCUGCAGAGGAAACCGGCCCUCCACAUGUCGACAGCAGGCAGUGAUCACCUCUAGCAACACACAAAAUGGACGAUUCAGACUCUCUGAUGACAGGAAGUCAAGAAUAUUCACAGUGACCAUUUCCAGUCUGACCCUGAAGGAUUCUGGGUCGUAUCUUUGUGGAGUCCAGAGAAACUCAGGAUUUGAUUAUUUCUCUGCUGUUGAACUGGAGGUCAAAGAAUUAAAGUCAUACAACAUCAGUGGCAUCGAGGGACGUCCAGUAACUCUGCAGUGUCCUAAUUCAGGACAAGAACAUGAUAACAAGAAGUUCCUCUGUAAAGGAGACCAACACAACAACUGUACAGACAUGAUGGAGAACCAAACAAAGUUCAAGCUGCUCAAUGUCUCCUCCACCUGUUUCUCUGUGAUCAUCACUGAACUGGAAGCAGCUGAUGCAGGAACAUACUACUGUGGUUCAGACUCUCAGCUGAGAUUCAUAAAGAUACAGCUGGCAGUCGUCUCUCCAAAUAAAACCAGCUCUGUGGCUCCAACCAGCUCUGCUGAACAUUUGACAUCACAGCCACCAUCAUCACAUAAUCCUGAUCUGACCUUAUUUUACAUUCUGCGUGUCGUCCUGUUUCUGCUGUGGAUCCUGCCGUUUGUCCUUCUGAUGAUUCUUAAAAGACAAUUGAAGCAACAAGGUGAAUUUAUCCAGAACAUCAACCCACAACAAUAAAGAACAAGAAAAAAAGGAUCAAUGAUAUUUGUGAAAAUCCAGAAGACAGCUCAACCUUUGCAUCAAAGCAUCAGGAGCAACGAUGAAGCUGCAGAAUCUCAACAUGUGAACCAAAGUCUCACCACAAAUGAAGAUAUUUAUUCUGAUUGUCGGAAAGCAAAUUGAUGAGAUGCACUGCAGAGGAAAUUAUUAUAUACAUUUCAAGCUAAUUUAAAGAUUUAGAUGCUAAUUGCUAAAUAUUUUAAUGAUGCAACUUGUUUUAUUACAGUAAGUUUCUCCACACAAUAAUACAUAAGAGGUUUUUGAUGAACCAGCCUUUGUUUCUUUUUAAAUUAAGACUAAAUCAUGAAGGUGAUAAGGUUUUCUGUAGAGGAAAACACUUUUUAUAUCUGCAGUAUUUUCAUGGUCUUAAAUUGUUCUAGUAAUCUGUUUUAUGUUUCUAUAUUUGUCAUUUGUCAGCUUGACUGUAAAAUAAAUUUUAAUUUA